UCCGCCGCCGCCGUCCGCGCCUCCCGCCGCUGGCCCGCCCCGGCCCCGGCCCGCGCCCCCGCGCCCCGCCGCCGGCCCCGCCGGCCCCCCGCGCGAGAUGAUGGACGGCCGCCUCCUGGAGCACCCGCAUGCCCAGUUCGGGGGCUCACUGGGCGGCGUGGUGGGCUUCCCCUACCCGCUGGGCCACCACCACGUGUACGAGCUGGCCGGCCACCAGCUGCAGUCGGCCGCCGCCGCCGCCGCGGCCGCCUCGGUACCCUUCUCCAUCGACGGUCUGCUCAGCGGCUCGUGCGCCGCCGCCGCCGCCGCCUCGGUGGUCAACCCCACGCCGCUGCUGCCGGCCGCCUGCGGGGUCGGCGGCGAUAGCCAGCCUUUCAAGCUGUCAGACUCGGGGGACCCGGACAAGGAGAGCCCGGGCUGCAAGCGGCGGCGCACCCGCACCAACUUCACGGGCUGGCAGUUGGAGGAGCUGGAGAAGGCGUUCAACGAGAGCCACUAUCCCGACGUGUUCAUGCGCGAGGCGCUGGCGCUGCGCCUGGAUCUGGUUGAGUCCCGAGUUCAGGUCUGGUUCCAAAACCGCCGGGCCAAGUGGAGGAAGAAGGAGAACACGAAGAAGGGCCCUGGGCGGCCGGCGCACAACUCCCACCCUACCACGUGCAGUGGCGAACCGAUGGACCCGGAGGAGAUCGCGCGCAAGGAACUGGAGAAGAUGGAGAAGAAGAAGCGCAAGCACGAGAAGAAGCUGCUCAAGAGCCAGAGCCGCCACUUGCACUCGCCCGGCGGCCUGUCCCUGCACAGCGCGCCCAGCUCCGACAGCGACAGCGGCGGCGGCGGCCUGUCCCCGGAGCCGCCCGAGCCGCCGCCGCCCGCCGCCGCGGCCAAGGGCCCCGGCGCGCACGCCGCCGGCGCCGCCGGUGCUGCGCCCGCACCGCCCGGCGAGCCGCCCGCUCCCGGCACCUGCGAUCCCGCCUUUUACCCGAGCCAAAGAAGCGGCGCCGGCCCGCAGCCGCGGCUAGGCCGCCCCGCGGACAAGGACGCGGCCCCGUGUGCGCCCGGGGCGGCGGCGGCGGCCGAGCGCGGCGCCGCGGGCCCGCCCAAGGCCAGCCCGUUCAGCGUGGAGAGCCUGCUGUCCGACUCGCCGCCGCGCCGGAAAGCGCCCCCCGCCAACGCCGCCGCCGCUGCGGGGCUGGACUUCGCGCCCGGGCUGCCGUGCGCGCCGCGGACCCUCAUCGGCAAGGGCCACUUCCUGCUCUACCCCAUCACGCAGCCUCUCGGCUUCUUGGUGCCGCAGGCCGCGCUCAAGGGCGGCGCGGGUCCCGAGCCCGCGCCCAAGGACGCGCCGCCCGCGCCCGCCGUUCCGCCCGCGCCGCCCGCCCAGGCCAGCUUUGGGGCCUUCCCGGGGCCCGGCGGCGCUCCGGACUCGGCCUUCGCGCGCCGCAGCCCUGACGCCGUCGCCUCCUCGGGGGCCCCGACCCCAGCGCCUUUCCGGGACGCGGCGGCGGCCGCGGCCGAGGGCGGCAGCAGGGACUGCGCAGACGCGGGGGCCACCUGCCCAGCGGCCCCGCCGCCGCCACCGCUCGCGCUGUCGCCCGGGCCCGGCCCGCGGGCUCCCAGCCCCGCUGCGGAGCCGGCCGUUGGCGGGACCCCCGAAUCGGGCGCCGCGGCCGGACCCAGCGCGCCGGAUGGCGAGGAGGUGGACAUGGACUGAGGGCGGCGGCGGGGCCGAGGGAGGCGCUCAGCCGGCCCCCGGCCGCUCGCUCAGGCUCCGACUCACACAGCGAAAUCAGGUGAUCGGCUUCGAAACACUGCUUCUUCCUCUUUUUUCUGUUUCCUUCCUUUUAUUUUUAUUUUAUUUUUUUUAAAAAAACGCUGUAUCAAUUCGGACUUAGGCAGCAACCCAGGACUGGGGGUGAGACCCUCCUCCUCUCAAGGGAGCAAAAAAAAGAAAAAGAAACUCAAACCCCUACAAAAACUCACAACAAGAAUCCUCAGCCUUGUAAAAUGCAAAAAUGUCUAAGAAUAUUUAUAUAUGUACCAUUUUUGAUAAAUAAAGCUGGUCAAACGCAA